AUGAUUUGGAUAGCAAUUGUUUUAGUUUCUCUUACUUUUCUAUGGCUAUGGAGAAGCAAGAAGAAUACAAAGAAAUUACCACCUGGUCCAAAAGGGUUACCAAUUUUAGGAAACCUUCACAUGUUGGGUGCAAAUCCUCAUUGUGAACUUCACAAACUUGCACAAAAGCAUGGACCUAUCAUGUACUUGCGAGUAGGUUUUGUGCCCACCAUAGUUGUUUCUUCACCCCAAGCUGCUGAACUAUUCCUCAAGACCCAUGACCUUGUCUUUGCAAGUAGACCACCUCAUGAGGCUGCAAAGCACAUUGCUUGGGAAGAACGUAACCUUUGCCAAACCAAAACCAACUCCUUUAGCUCUGUGAGGGAAGAGGAACUUGACCUAUUGAUAAAGUUUAUAAGGGAGGCAAGUUAUGAUGAAACUGCUGUUGAUCUCAGUGCCAAAGUUGCAACACUCAGUGCUGACAUAUCUUGUAGAAUGGUUUUCGGAAAGCAUUACAUGGGCCAAGACUUAGGUGGGAAGGGGUUCAAGGCUGUGCUACGAGAGGUAAUGGAUUUAGCAGCAAUUCCUAACCUUGCUGAUUACAUUCCUUACUUCUUUGACAAAAUUAUUGAUGAGCACAUGCAAUCAGAUAAGGGAGGAGAAGACGAGAUCAAGGAUUUUGUGGAUGUCAUGUUGGGCGUUGGCUGUACUGAAGAAUCUGAAUACCGUUUUGAACGCUCCAAUAUCAAAGCCGUUUUGCUGGAUAUGCUGGCGGCUUCAAUAGAUACUACGGGUACGGCAAUUGAGAGGACACUAUCUGAGCUCAUAAAGAAUCCAAGGGUGAUGAAGAAAGUGCAAAUGGAGUUGGAAAGUGUGGUGGGUAUGAAGAGGAAGGUGGAGGAAUCAGACUUAGAGAAGUUGGAGUAUUUGAACAUGGUUAUUAAGGAAAGCAUGAGGAUCCAUCCGGCGUCACCGUUAUUGUUACCACACCAAUCAAUGGAAGAUUGCAUGGUUGGAGAAUAUUUCAUACCUAAGAAAUCAAGGAUCAUAAUAAACGCAUGGGCUAUUAUGAGAGAGCCAAGUGCAUGGAGUGAAGCAGAGAAGUUUUGGCCAGAGAGAUUUGAGGGAAGUAACAUCGAUGUUAGAGGGCAUGACUUUGAGUUGAUACCAUUUGGGUCUGGAAGAAGAGGGUGUCCUGGAUUGCAAUUGGGUCUAACUCUGGUUCGGAUAGUAGUGGCUCAACUUGUUCAUUGUUUUCAUUGGAAGUUACCACAUGGAAUCUUGCCAACUGAUUUGGACAUGAUCGAACAUUUUGGUGUCACGGUGGGUAGAGCCAAUAAUCUAGUUGCUAUUCCAACCUAUCGCCUUAACGAUGAAAGGGAUUAA